AUGAAGGUUCUCGCUCUUUCUGCUCUCCUUUCUGUGGCCACGGCCGCCUCCGUCGCCCGCCGCAGCGACUUCUGCGGCCAGUGGGACACCGCCACCGCGGGUGACUUCAUCCUGUACAACGACCUCUGGGGUGAAGACAACGCCUCCAGCGGCUCCCAGUGCACCGGUGUCGACUCCGCCAGCGGCGAUGAGAUCGCCUGGCACACCAGCUGGUCCUGGGAGGGUGGCAGCAGCGACGUCAAGAGUUACGCCAAUGCUGCCCUGCAGUUCACCGGCACUCAGCUGAACUGCAUCUCCAGCAUCCCCUCUAGCUGGAAGUGGUCUUACUCUGGCUCCAACCUCGUGGCCGACGUGUCGUACGACAUGUUCCUGGGCUCGACCGCCGAUGCCUCGUCCAAUGAGUACGAGAUCAUGGUCUGGCUUGCUGCCCUGGGUGGUGCUGGCCCUAUCUCUUCCACUGGCACCACCGUCGCCACCCCGACGAUCAACGGCAUCACCUGGAACCUGUACUCCGGCCCCAACGGUGACACCACCGUCUACAGCUUCGUCGCUCAGUCCACCACCGAGAGCUUCUCCGGUGAUCUGAUGGACUUCUUCACCUACCUGAUCGACAACGAGGGUGUCUCUGACAGCCUGUACCUGACCACCCUUGAGGCGGGUACCGAGCCCUUCACCGGCAGCAACGCCAAGCUGACCGUCUCCUCCUACUCCGUGUCGAUUGAGUAA